GUGCAUACGACACGACGAGGUAGACGCACGAGCGCGACGAGUACAAGUAGGAGCACUGACAAUCGAGCUGCGGCUUCCUUUUAUCAGUCAAGCCGAACCUCGCGCGAUACGCAGACAAGACUCUUUGCGCUCCGAAAAAUCUAACGCGGGGGAACCGGGGUCUUUCUUGUCCUUAGUGCGCGAUACUUAACAACGCUGGAAAUCCUAACGGAGUGCUCCAACUUGUCGCAAGCGGCUUCACGUGAGUCUCGCGGAAGAACGCGCGUAGAGUUGCGGGGCAUCAGGAUAUUCGCUUGCGAAUCGGUACCAGGGCUGCUGGUAUCGUCCUCAACAUCGACGGAUUCUCUAGAAACGAGGGCUACAUCAGUGAACUUCGACACGCUGGCGCAGAUUCGAUGUGAGCUUACUACUUUUUCUAGGUCGAAGAUCGCGGAAACAGGCCGAUCCGACGUGAGAUUGCCGCAGGUUGAUCCUAAGGUCCGUCGAACGGGCUACUGCAACACCGUAGGCCAGCAGCGAAUUCGAUAUGGUCGCUUUUCCGGACUCGGAGAUUGAGCCGGCGUUCAUGAACGGCACCGGUCUCAUGUCGGGUGACAGUAACAAGAGUAGCAAUGACAGUCUGGCGAACGAUAUUAGAAGAAUCAGGGACGAAGCUUUCACUAUGCCACGUGUGACGGCGUCGAAUUGCAAGGACAGCUAUGCUCUGAAAUUCGACAGCAUCGACAAGGUCAAUGACAAGGAACUGAGCGUGAACAUUAACCCGGAGCCUGUCUUCGUGAAGAAAGUCGCCGCCGGCUUGAAGACACCCGGUGGUGACAAAAUGGACAAUAAAAAUACGUCCGGCGGAGUAAACGGAAAUGGAUCUCUCUCCAGUGGCAGCUCCAUAGUCACGAUUUCGUCAAACGCUACCUUGGAUCCUGAUGCGGAGCGGGGUAAGGACCAAAGUGGCCACGGGGACGAAAGGGCGGUCAGAGACGAAAAAUGGUACCACACGAUCUUGCAAGUGUCGCUGCCCUUUCUCAUUGCUGGUAUGGGCACCAUCGGCGCCGGUCGUGUCCUCACCAUCGCAAAGAACAUGCCCGCUUUCGUGCACGUCCCCCAGUUACUUAUUUUGACCACGGCGCUUCAGGGUCUGAAGGGUAAUCUCGAUAUGUGUUUGGCGUCGCGGCUAUGCACCCAAGCGAAUUUAGGUAACAUGAAGAGUCGACGGGAGAUCGUCAAGAUGAUCGUCGGGAACAUCGCUCUGGUGCAGGUCCAGGCAAUCGUCGCAGCCGUCUGCCUGUCGUUGUUCGGCAUGGGGGUGAGCUGGAUCAACGGGAACGACUUCAGGUGGGACCACGCGAUACUGCUAGCGGUCUCGUGCAUGUGCACGGCGACCAGUUCCUGUUUCAUCUUGGACUUUGUCAUGAUCGCUGUGAUCAUGUUAUCCUAUCGAUACAAAUUGAACCCGGACAAUCUGGCGACUCCGCUGGCCGCGUCUAUCGGCGACGUCGUAUCUAUCAGCAUUCUCUCCACCAUCGCAUCGGAAUUUUAUCUUAGGCUGGACAAAGAAGUGUGGGUGCUGUACGUCGUUCUCGGGUCGUUUUUCGUGCUUAUGCCGAUUUGGAUUGUAAUUGUGCUGAAAAACAAAUACACGAGGAAGGUAUUGAAAUCCGGCUGGAUCCCCAUCCUGUCUGCUCUUCUGAUCAGUGGCGGAGGCGGAUUAGUUCUUGAAAGAAUGAUCGACUCUUAUAAAGGAUCCGAAGUCUUUCAACCGGUCAUUAACGGAAUUGGCGGCAACUUGGUAUCAGUUCAUGCGUCUCGAAUGUCAACCAUGUUGCAUCAAUCUUCUAUCAUGGGAAUUUUACCGCCGCACGGUAAAAUUUGGGUGUUUCCGUGGACCGCACUCUUCGUAGGAUCGCCAUACGCCAAGACCGCGAGAUUGCUCCUCGCUAUGGCGAUCCCCGGUCAGCUGAUCUUCGUAUUCAUCGCUGACGCUUUAAAUCCGGAAAAUUGCAAGUUAAACGUUUACUUCGUAAUCUCUUAUUUAGUUGCUUCCGUAACACAAGUGAUGAUUCUGUUGUACGUCGCGCACAUAAUUAUUCACGCAAUGUGGAGGUACAAAAUCGAUCCCGACAACUCGGCGAUCCCCUACUUGACGGCAUUAGGUGAUCUGAGCGGAUCGGUACUCCUGGCGGUAGCUUUUAUUGUUAUAUACUGGAUAAACCAAGCGUACUGCGUCGGAUAAGUGAGACAUAAAUCUGAGAUAGAACUAAAAUCAUCUUACACAUACAAGUCGUACAUAUCGUACACACACACACACACACACACACACACACACACACACACACACACACACACACACACACACACACACACUCACGUAGCGUGGAGAACUUUUAACAAUUCCCGAUUUCUUUAUUACGGGAUUGGGUGCUUUGCGCUGUCAAAACAAUUCAAAAACACUUUGCUUCACAGCAUUAUGUAACUCGCAGUGACUCGCAAAACCAAAUGAGAAAAAUGACGACAAAAUAAUGCCAAGAAGCGAAAUAUAAUGAGGAAAAUACUCAGAUCACACACAUUUGUUAACUAUAAUUCCGAAAGAGAGCUGUUAGUAAUUUGGUUCUGCAAACGUAUAACCGGCUGUGAUGAUUACGAACAAGUGUGAUAAUUACGAGGCAGCAUAAUGAUGAGCAGCUCUAGCACAUAUUUCAUGUUUUUUUCCACAAAACGUGCCACAAACCUCUCGCGCGUAAAUAUAAUAGGAGCCUAGUCAAUUUAGGAAACAAUACGUAUGUUCGUAAAGCGUCUGAAAGGCGUAGCUAAAAGAUAUUUCAAUUCAUCAUCAGUCUUUUAACCGCCCACGAGACGUCCUUUAGUGUUUUAGAAUAUUUGUAAAUAAUUGCAUUGCCUUGACGAAGAGUACUCGUCGCAACACGAGAUGAGCUAAUAGCAUCGCACCGAGUACUAAGUUGUGAUCGCGAUGUGUUUUAACUUUAAUCAUGAUUUAUAAAACCGUGACCAUGAAGAAUCGGAGCCACGAGCAAAGCGAGCGAGCCGAAUGCCAGGAAUUCCUGUAUUUUUCAUCUCGGAAGUCGCAAGGCAUCCAAAGCGCUCAUCCUACCGCGACGAAUGGGACACCAUUUAAUUGCGCAAUCAUACAAUUACGGCGCAAUUGUGCCUCAAUUAAAGCGGCGGCAUUUUAGCUACAUAUUAUUAAAGCAAGCGUUGAUUGCCGCUCCUUGCCGCAGCCUUACGCGCAUACACCUUAUUUAAUUACGCAACGCGAUCUUCAGGACACGCCUUACGUAAUACUCAGACAAUGCCGAGUAAUUAAUUUACGUCGAUAAUUUGAAAAACGUAAGGAACUCGCAUUUCGAUCGUCCACUCUCAGCACGUUGAACACCGUGGUCAAAGAUACACCAAAAUACUCCGCACAGACAUAACUUUUUUAAUUCAAUAUUUCGAAAUUGUUUAUAGAGAUGUAAUGUAAUAUUCACAUAGUAUUAACACGUCGCAUGCAAAACUAGUACAGUGCAGUUCAACGUGCUGAAAUCUGUACCAA